UUCGAGGAUAAUCGUCCUCAUAGCCCGACCGCAGCAUCCGCAAGCUCUCGUGUGUACCUAGUCGCGUGUGCCAUCGACGGCUCAUUGGUAUAGGAAUUUUUCAACUGUAGCUUUUGUAUCUAUCGCUACCUCUCUACGACCGGCUGUGUAUACCCGACAGUCUAUUUGUUGCUUUCGCUCGUGUGGCUCCUGCGCCAGUGAUCCCCUUGUGUCCAGUUAUAGUCAAGUCUCUACAAGGACCGGACAAAUAUACGGUGUAUAUCACUUUCGUUGUACAACCAACGCGUGUGCUCGCGACAAUGGCAUACCACAUCAACGCAUUGUCGCGGAUCGCGGCGACUAAGGUAUCCGCCUCGUAUCAUGGAUUCGAGUGUUAGUGUAUUUAUUGUUGUGCGUUUGCAAUUGCCGUAUGCCAGUUACCUUUGUCCUGCCAUUGUCAAAGGUGGGCACUCGUCGACAGCAGUCGGAUCGAUCGGAUAAUCGCCCGCUCAUUUGAACGGAUUGGCGCGAACGCGUAUUUACUACCACGAGAGCCUGUGUUGGUGAUAAUUGUAUGGUGCUGCUGGUGGUGGUGAUGGUGGUUGUUGUGCGCGCGCCGUAAUAAAACAAGUAGAAAUAAAUAUAACAAAUAUUAUAUAUUUUAGUGCAAUACAAGUAGUGCUGGUGCUGGUUGUGGUGGUUGUGGUGAUAGUGGUGGUGCAAUAAAAGAGGGUCCAAGGCUAACGGGGAACAGAUACUUGCACGAAGGCAAGAGGAUACAUAAAUAAAGGGCCGGAAGAAUAACCAACAGGGGGAGAGAUAUCACACCGGCGCUCCUCCUUGCGUGUAUACGUUUACAUAUAUAUAUUAUACAGAGACACGUAUACGCGUUGUGUCGUGUACGCAACCGAUCGAUACACACCUCCUCUUCUCCUCCGCAUUGUCUUACAACUUGAAGGCGGACAAUGGGUUGCUUUGGGAGCAAAGACAAACUGAGUAAGGAGGACAUGGACUUCCUUAAAUCGCACACGAGAUAUGACGAGGCCACUAUCAAAGAGUGGUACAAAGGAUUCAAACAAGACUGUCCGAACGGCAGGCUGACGCCGGCAAAGUUCGUCGAAAUGUAUAAAAUGUUCUUCCCGUCGGGGAACGCCGAGGAGUUUUGCGACCACGUGUUCCGCACAUUCGACAUGGAUAAAAACGGAUACAUCGAUUUCAAGGAAUUCUUACUUGCGAUCGAUGUAACGUCUAGCGGAACGCCGGAAGAAAAACUCAAAUGGGCAUUUAGAAUGUAUGAUGUGGAUGGAAACGGAGUCAUAGAUAUCGAAGAAAUGACAAAAAUAGUUCAGGCGAUAUACGACAUGUUGGGGGCGAGCUCGAGCAACCGGCCGGCCGACAGCGCCGAGGAGCGCGCGAAAAACAUAUUCGCGAAAAUGGACGAGAACAACGACGGCCAGUUGACGCAGGACGAGUUCCUCAAGGGCUGCCUGCAGGACGAGGAGCUAUCCAAGAUGCUGGCGCCUUAAUCCCCGGGCCACCCGCGCCUAAUCACCUCGUUGUCGCCCGUCAACGCCAACGGCCGACCCAACGGCCACCGCCUCUUCACCAGUACGACCAACGGUGCUUUCAUCACCAACAAAAGCAAACCUGCUGCUGCCAAUACUCUUGCAACUCAUACAUACACCCACCAAUCGAUCAAAUAAACGCCCUCGCAUCAUCUGCCAUUGUAACGUGCAUACGUAUAUAUACACACACACACACCUCACACGAUUGUUAAGUGUUUUGAGAAUAUUACAAAAGGGGUACCCUAUAAUGAUGCGACUGUCGCGAUAGUUUACCAAUGCUAGACCAACAUACGUCGUAUAUCAUAUAUAAUGGUUUUCGUCGAGAGAGGACGGAUUGGCCAAACAAAGUCACGAGGGGUACGCGCGAGCUGUAGCACUUUCCAUUGUUAUUAUGCGAUUAUAAAUAUGUUAAUGCGUAUAUAUGCGGUGUGUAUGUGAUGGCGCAAAGCAUAGAUUUCUUGACGUCACGCCACAUGAAUUUUGGUUGGUUCGCAAAGGUCCGGGUGAAAGGUUGGGUUGGUCGUAAAAUAAAAAAUAUAUAUAUACGUACGCAAAAUGAAUUAUUUAUGGGUGAUUGAGCCGAUACGAAGCACUUUCCGAAGCUAUGUUGAAGUAAUGAAACGACAAGAAUUUUGUAAAUUUAUCUUUGUUGUAAAAAAAUAUAUAUACAUAUAUAUAACUAUCAUUAUCGUAACAAUUUUAAUUAAUUAUACGUAAAUUGCACGCUUAUUUCAAGGGCGGACAUUCAAUAGUUACAUUCAUACGGCUAAAUUAAUUUUUUCUUUUUUUUUUUUUUUUUUUUUUCUUUAUUCAUAAAAAUCGAGUGCUUCAAUGAGAGUUCGUCCAUGCUUCGUUUACUUUUCAUCCUCAUGUUCAUCAAUGAAAAGAAGAUGAAGAAAAGUGUCCGGUUAGCAUAUUUGAAUUUAUUUAAUUCCAAAUACAACAAAAAAACAUUUGAGGAGCAUAAGAAGUAAUUUCGUGAGGAUAAAAGUACGAAGUGAUUUUUCGGUUUUUUCAACUCAUACAUUUGUAAAAUUAUAUGAUAACAAACAUAAACAACCAUACAUGAUAACAAAAACUUAAUUGUAAGGAGCUCGUGUCACUACCAUUAAAAAGUACGCAUAAUGUAUACUUAAAUUUUAUAAGAACGGAAUACCGAUGAACCAAUGAACAAAAAAAAAGUGUAUUAAAACAAUAAAAAGAAAAUUUUAUCCGAUCGCGCUGUUAGUAUAAUCAAACAGUUUGAGAAAAUCUUACACCGCGAAAGUACAAACGGAACUCUACGCACACUUGUGUUUGCUAACAAAGAAAAUCGCACAUGGUUCGUACGCUCAAAAAUACGCGCAAGGACUUCCACAGUUUCCAACCACCCAAUUCGAACAAAAAUAAUUUUCCGAAGAAAAAAUUUUAAAAAACCCGCCGUUUUUCGAGUAAAACAACAGUGCUCCGAAAGUUUUCCUCCUCUCGUCCUUCGUUAGCUCACAGUUCUAUCGGUCAAUCGUUGCUAACUCUAAUUUUAUCAGAGCCGCAAAAACUUUCUGGAAGCCCGUUCUCGUUUUUUCUACUCGCAAACGCAACUAUCGAUGAGACAAACAGCCGAACUUUAACGAUAACAACAUCAGUAGAAUACCAAACUUUGACUAUUUCAAUCUUCUAUGAACUAGAGGUAACAGGUUAAUGAGAAAUAAAAACUGUUAGUUGAUAUAAUUCAUCUCUCUGUGUACGCUAUGCGCCUAGAAUUACUAAAUGUAAGUACAUUGUUGUUUAUUAUACGUAAGAGUAUUGCAUUUAUACAUUAUUAUUAUUAUCAUCAUCAUCAUCAUCGAUAAAGUUAAUAUGGUCUCGUAGGCUCUUGAAAAUUUCUAUUCUACUCGAGAUAUGAAAAAAAAAAAAAAAAAAAAA